UGUCCGCUAUGCCCCACAGCAGCUCCCUCCCCCCACCCCACGCCCGCGUCGCGUUGCAUCAUCCACGCCACCCCAGCCAGCAGCUCCUGAAGCCCGAGCCGCCGACACGUUCGCCGGCAAGAUCACCGUUAAUAAGGGCUAGUUAAGGGUUGAUUUGUCGACUAGGUCGCCCGUUGACAACCCAUACAAUGUGUGGAAUUUGGGCAUUGUUUGGAAUUGGAGUAGAUGUUGCUGUUCACAGCAACUCUGUUUUCACCAAAAUUAUUCAUAGAGGUCCUGAUGCCUGGCGACUUGAGGCAGAUUGCCGAUUGGCUCACUCGUUUUUGGGUUUUCAUCGCCUUAAGGUCGUUGAUAGUGUCUAUGGUAUGCAGCCCAUGAAGCUUCAUUGUCUUCCAGAUCUCACGUUGAUGUGCAACGGAGAAAUUUAUAACUGCCAUGAGUUAGCAAAGAACUUUGGCUUCACUAUGGAAACUCACUGUGAUGUUGAACCCAUCCUUCACCUCUUUGGGAAGGGGGGAAUUGAAAUGGCAACCAGCCAUUUAGAUGCAGAGUUUGCAUUCUGUCUGGUUGAUGCUGCAAAACAAAGAGUUUACAUUGCUCGAGAUCCUUUUGGAGUUCGACCUCUUUUCCGACUUUACUCUGAGAGUGGUGUCCUGGGUGUGUGCUCUGAGGCCAAAGGUCUUGUAGGAAUGAGUCAGCAUCUGAAUGGUUCAAAGUUUACAUUAGAACCCUUUCCUCCUGGAACAUUUGAGGAGUAUUCUAUUGAUAAAGAGGGAAGAGCCAAACUUGUAAGAAGAGAGCGUUUCUAUGAAAUUGGAGGCCCUGAAAGACCCAAAUUUAAGCCUUUUGUGCCCUAUGAUAAACUUACAGAUGAUGUUCAUUCUAACAUCCGCACACUCCUGACAUCUGCUGUUCAGAAGCGAUUGAUGGCAGAUCGGCGAAUUGGGUGCUUACUUUCUGGUGGUCUUGAUUCAAGUCUCAUUGCUGCUUUGCUGGUAAAACUGGCUAAAGAAGCUAAUUUGCCAUAUCCCAUUCAGACAUUCUCCAUUGGUAUGGGUGAUAGUCCAGAUGUUCUUGCUGCCCGUCAAGUUGCUAAACAUAUUGGAUCAGAGCACCACGAAAUCAUUUUUACUGAAGAGGAUGUUGUAAAAGUUCUUGAUGAAGUCAUUUGUACUUUAGAAACUUAUGAUAUCACAACUAUUCGUGCAUCUGUGGGAAUGUACUUAAUAUCUCGAGCAAUCAAACAGAAAACUGAUACCACAGUAAUUUUAAGUGGAGAGGGUGCUGAUGAAUUGGCUCAAGGCUAUAUUUAUUUCCGUGAUGCACCCUCUACAGCAGAAGCCCGUGCUGAAAGCUUACGCCUUCUUAAAGACAUUUAUCUCUUUGAUGGCCUACGAGCUGACCGUACUACUGCUGCUUGGAGUUUGGAAUUGAGAGUUCCAUUUUUGGAUCUGGAAUUUACCAACUACAUGCUCAGCCUUCCACCGGACAUGCUGAGACCAAAGGGUGGUGUAGAAAAACAUCUUUUGCGCUCAGCUUUUGAUGGAACAGGUUUACUGCCUGACAGCAUUUUAUGGAGACAUAAGGAGGCUUUUAGUGAUGGUGUGACAUCUGUUAGAAAGUCCCUGUUCCAAAUAAUUCAGGAAAUAGUUGCAAUGAGGGAUAUUGGUGUAGAACUGAAAGAUGCACAAGCUCUUUUCCCUCAUUGUACUCCUAAAACAAGGGAGGCACUGUACUACAGGCAAUUGUUUGAGAAAAACUAUCCUCAACAAUCAUCUCUCAUCCCAUACAUCUGGAUGCCUCGUUGGGUGAAUGUCAGUGACCCAUCAGCUCGAGUCAUUAGCCAUUAUGCUGCAGAGAAGGCAAAAUAACUAUCAUAUGCCUAAAAGUAAGUUUCAUCAACUUAAGAGAAAACUCAGAAAGUUUUCUCCCUUCUUUCUUUCUGCUGGUCAGGAGCAUAUAUUGUGUAUUUUUUCACACUUGUUUGUGCAUUAAAUCAUAGGGGUAAAAUAUCUGCCACUCUCAAAAUGCCAAUCUCAGUCACAUAAGAUGCUUCUUUAAACAAAUGCCCGUUUACAAUUCAACAUUUUAAUUUUCAUGUAAUUUCAAAUUAACGAUUUUUACAAUCAAGCCAUCAUUCAAAUCAAAACAUAAUUGUCCCUUUGAACUUGCCCCCAAAUUAACUUUCAUUUACCUGUUAACAUUGAUCUUAAAUCGAAACAUCAACAGAGAUUUGCAACCCUUUAAAGUAGAGUUCAAUUAACUUAAAAAUAUCUGCUUUCAACUUUUAUGUACAACACUUACAAUAUACAUGGGAAAUAUUCAUACUAAGUUACAUGGUGUUAAACAACAAUGAUCACCAAUGUCGGCACAUUUGAUACAUUUUGAUACAUGAUAUAUUAACAAGAAAAGCCUUUAGGUGGAGUUUAAAGAGUAUAGUAAGAAGAGUUGUUUUUUUUUUUUCUGAAAGCAAAGCAGAAUGGCUUUUGUUUAACUUCCAUGAUUUGAGGACUUUUUGUUUUGUAUAGUAGCCAUAGCCACUCUGCUUUUCUGUUCACGUUUAUACAAUAGAGAACAGAGAAGAAUGGGGAAUCAAAUCUAAAGGAAGAAUAGAUAGUGUGUACAAGAUCUCAAUAUAGCUCAAUGCAAGCUUUCUUAACUUUGUACUUAAAUGCUUAUUAUUAAUUUUAUUAUUAUUGUAGAAUAAUGUGAUUUAUGCACUGACUGCAUUAAUUUGAUGAAAGGAUUUGGCAAUUGCUCAUGAGUGUUGUGAGGUUUUUUGUUGUUGUUGUUGCUUCUUUGAAAUACGCACAGUGUGUUGCAACUUGUGAUCCACAACAACCUACAUGAGUUCAUUGUGUUGAUGUUUAUGUACCAUAUUUUAAAAUUGUCAUUGCGCACCUCUGACAUAAAUUGCCCACACAUAUGAGGCUUUUCAUUCUUUCAUUGUGCUUGGUAUGUACCUCUCUUAGCAAUUGCCGACAGUCUUAGAUAUUUUCCUAAACUUAUAUUUAGCACAUAAUGAAACAGCUAUGAGUUAAAAGAAGAACAGAAUAUACACUUGUGGGGUAGAUAGGCCAUUACAAUAUAUGGAGUUUCUUUAAUGAUCGAUCAUUAAGGUUUUAAAAUUUAAAUCAGGUGAAUCAUAAACCUAGUACUUACAACUGAAAUUUUAUAAACAAGGGUUUUGAUAUGAUGAAAUGCAAUUUUCAAUAGAGGUCGAAUUUCUGUUUUACUUUGUAACAAAUCAAAUCAGUACUGUUUUGGGUUACUGCUCUCUGAAGUUGUGCCAGUGACAAGUACUAUAGGUUUUCUUCUUUAAAUUUAUAUCUGCAUUUUCAGCUCAAAGGCUAAUCAAGGAGACUUUUGCUCAGAUAGCAAACCAGGUGUACUCAUAAAAAUGCUCCUUAAAUGCACAUUCACACACACUGGUGUUUUUGUUUUGUUUUUUUAAGUCUUGGAAGGUUCAUAAUAGCUUCAGAAAUGAGAAUACUACUACAUACUUUCCUAGAUUUCAUAUGUGUAUUUGUGACUUUGUAUCCAUACUAUGGAUGAACUGUUUUAAAAGUAUUGCUAAAUGCAUCACAUCCUACAAAACCUUUACCUAACGGUUUUAAAAUAAAAUUUACAAUCCUAAUACUUUAUGAAGAUCUUGCAACAAUUUUCACAAAAUAAAUUAUAUUUGUAUCGUUAAUUAAAAGACAA